UAUUCGAAAUCAAUUCGAAGGGAAUUUAGGGUUCAUUUCACCAUCUCCGAUUUCGAAUUCCCAAAAGCAAAAGAGAGCAACCGGAGCCUAAUCCAGAGGAAGAAGAUGAUCGAAGUAGUGCUCAACGAUCGAUUGGGGAAGAAGGUGCGAGUGAAGUGCAACGAGGAUGAUACGAUCGGCGAUCUGAAGAAGCUGGUUGCGGCGCAGACCGGAACUCGAGCCGACAAGAUCAGGAUCCAGAAGUGGUACAACAUCUACAAGGAUCACAUCACUCUCAAGGACUACGAGAUCCACGACGGCAUGGGACUCGAGCUCUACUACAACUAAAUGCUUUUCAUCCCUUCUUCCUCGAUCGGUGUUAAAUAACGGAAGGCCGCGCUGCUAAACAAAAGGUACUGUCGUGUGUGAUGGAUAUGAUCUGUAUAAUAUAUAUAUAUAUAAUACUUUCGUGCCUUAACGAUAAUUGGGAUGAAACAAAUGCACAUCUCGUCUCUUUAUUACGCUUAAAUACUCUGAUUCGAUUGUGGUCUCUCUC